UUUUGUUUUAAAAAUUACCUGAUUUAUUGUAACAGUAAUAUAUGCAUAUUAACAAUAUGUUUUCUGCAUGAUUAGCACAAAAUAUGCCAUAAAAUGGAGUAUGACUAUCUUAUGAAAUUUUUAGCUUUAGGUGAUUCUGGAGUAGGUAAAACUAGCUUCUUAUACCAAUAUACUGAUGGGAAAUUUAUUUCUAAAUUCAUAACUACUGUAGGCAUCGAUUUCAGGGAGAAACGCCUUGUAAAUGUGGUUUUACUUGCUCAGUGUACUAUUUUGCUAAAUAACAUCUUGCAGGUUUAUCAGUUUAGAGGUAAAAAUCAUAGAAUUCAUCUUCAGUUGUGGGACACUGCUGGUCAAGAAAGAUUCCGUAGCUUAACAACUGCAUUUUAUCGUGAUGCCAUGGGAUUUUUACUAAUAUUUGAUCUAACUAACGAAAAAUCAUUUCUUGAAAUAAGAAAUUGGAUUGAACAAUUGAGGAUACAUGCCUACUGUGAAACACCAGACAUAGUAAUUUGUGGAAAUAAGGCCGAUUUGGAAGACCGUCGUAUUGUUCCUGAAUGGAAAGCCAGGGAAUUUGCAGAAAAAUAUGGUUACCCUUACUUGGAAACAAGUGCUGCAAUGGGUCAGAAUAUAAACAGGGCUAUAGAAACGUUGUUAGAAAAGGUUCUCCUUCGUAUGGAAACUGCAGUUGAUCGAGCUAUGAUGCCAGGAAGGAGGGGACGACCUAGGGAUUUCGAGGAGCCAGACUUGAACAACCCCCAGCCUUCGACUUGUUCAUGUUAAAAAAAAAACUUAAUGUAUCUAUGUAUACAUGAAUCUUAAUUUUUUAUAAAAUUGAUCUGAGAUUGAUAAUGACAUGCCUUAUCAUUCAUAAUCACAAUGUACGUAAUUUAUUGUUCGACGCUCAUUAAAAUGUUAUACAAUAUAUAAAUAUAAAAUAAAUAUACAUAAUAGUGUUUAUUGACAGUAUUUUAUCGUCUGCCAUCAUG